GAUUGUGGGAGAAUUCGGACAACAGCCAUUUUCAGGUCGUGGCUGUCAUCCAUUGAGAGCGCCAGUCUGCAUUAAAGUGAGCGAACGGUUGCGCUCCUGUACGAUCUACUAAACAUCGAGGAUGAAUCUAAUGAUGUCGACACGCAUUAUAGUUUUUCUGUAUUUUGAGUGCUGACCCGUGGAAGCCAAGAUACGCAAGACAAGACAGCACUGACUCCUCUAAUUCGCGACGGGCACGAUUUCAUUAGCAGCUAGCCAACAAUGCUAGCGUAUUUGUUUACAAUGUGAUGCUUGGAUUUUUCAACUUUUUAGACGGCAGCGACAUUAAAAGUACCGGAUUUGGGCAAAGCCGUUAUUCGUAGGAUAUUGUAUAGAUAGUUCACAAGGACGAAUAAAGUGUCAUCAGAAUCUUGUUUGGGACAAGGGAAGAAAAGCCUUGACGUUGCCGUGCACCAGCGUAGUCCACUGACAACAAGUGAAGGGAUGGAAGCGGAGCAUCACUACAGUAGCUCGAUCUUGCUUUGUUUGAGCUCCAGAUAACCAGGGGCAGCACUCUUGUCGUGGGAAUAUAAAACAGUUUAAAUGGAGGUAACGUACGGUUGAUUAGGAUUCCGACACAGUGUGUGUGAAAUUAGGUGAUGACCACCAUGGUGUACCCACGCAGCGAGGAGGCCCUGGAGCGCCUAACCCAGGAUGAGAUUGUGCUCAACACCAAAGCUGUGAUGCAGGGACUGGAGACCCUCCGCGGGGAACAUACCCAACUCCUCUCCUCCCUUCUGGAAUGCGCGCAGCCACCCGCAGCCCAGGAGAAGUCGGGCCUGCUUCGCAAGAGCCUGGAGGCCAUCGAACUGGGCCUGGGAGAGGCACAGGUGAUCAUCGCCCUGUCAGGCCACCUGAGCGCUGUGGAGUCAGAGAAGCAGAAGCUGAGAGCCCAGGUCAGACGACUGUGUCAGGAGAACCAGUGGCUACGAGACGAACUGGCUGGAACACAGCACAAGCUACAGCGCAGUGAGCAGGCUGUUGCCCAGCUGGAGGAGGAGAAAAAACACCUGGAGUUCAUGAACCAGAUCAAGAAGUUUGACGACGACACUUCCCCAUCCGAAGAGAAGGCCGCCAGGGAGACAUCCAAAGACAGCCUGGACGACCUGUUCCCUAACGACGAGGACCAGGGACAAGCCCAGCCCAGCGGUGAGGCAGCGGCCCAGCAGGGAGGCUACGAGAUCCCAGCCCGCCUCAGGACCCUGCACAACCUUGUGAUCCAGUACGCCUCCCAGGGGAGGUACGAGGUGGCCGUGCCCCUCUGCAAACAGGCCCUGGAGGACCUGGAGAAGACUUCCGGCCACGACCACCCUGAUGUGGCCACCAUGCUGAACAUCCUGGCCCUGGUCUACAGGGAUCAGAACAAGUACAAAGAGGCGGCCCACCUGCUGAACGACGCCCUGGCCAUCAGGGAGAAGACCCUGGGGAAGGACCACCCGGCGGUGGCUGCCACCCUCAACAACCUGGCCGUGCUCUACGGGAAGAGGGGCAAGUACAAGGAGGCCGAGCCCCUCUGCAAGAGAGCCCUGGAGAUCAGGGAGAAGGUACUGGGCAAGUACCACCCUGACGUGGCCAAGCAGCUGAACAACCUGGCCCUGCUGUGUCAGAACCAGGGCAAGUACGAGGAGGUGGAGUACUACUACCGGCGGGCCCUGGAGAUCUACGAGUCCAAACUGGGAGCCGACGACCCCAAUGUCGCCAAGACCAAGAACAACCUGGCCACAUGCUACCUCAAACAGGGGAAAUUCAAGGACGCAGAGUCUUUAUACAAAGAGAUCCUGACCCGAGCGCACGAGAAGGAGUUUGGAUCGGUCAACAAUGACAACAAGCCCAUCUGGAUGCAUGCGGAGGAGAGAGAAGAGAGCAAGGGGAAAAGGAAGGACGCUGUGCCCUAUGGAGAGUAUGGGAGCUGGUACAAGGCCUGCAAGGUGGACAGUCCUACGGUCAAUACCACCCUGAAGAGCCUGGGGGCGCUGUACCGUCGACAAGGGAAACUAGAGGCAGCAGAGACACUGGAGGAGUGUGCCACCAAGACCCGAAAGCAGGGAAUCGACGCCAUCAAUCAGAGUAAGGUGGUUGAGCUCUUGAAGGACGGGGCGCCCGGAGGGGACCGACGGCAGAGCCGGGAAGGCCUCAGUGGAACCCAGCGUGGAGACACAGAGGGUGAGGACGGAGCCGAGUGGAACGGGGACGGGAAUGGCUCGUUGCGUCGGAGCGGCUCCUUCGGUAAGAUCCGCGACGCCCUGCGCAGGAGCAGUGAGAUGCUGGUGAAAAAACUGCAGGGCAGUGGCCCUCAGGAGCCCCGCAAUCCAGGGAUGAAGAGAGCGAGCUCCCUCAACUUCCUCAACAAGAGUGCCGAAGACCCUUCACAGGACGCCAACACUGGCCUAUCAGAGUGCCGAGGGCUGAGCGCCAGCAACGUGGACUUGUCAAGACGCAGCUCCCUGAUUGGCUAAAGAGAGACAGGGACCAGGUGGAAGGGCCCAGUGAGGAGAGGCUGUUUGCGAUCAAAACACUUCAAAAGCCAACACUCGCUUUCAAUACCUAUUUUGUAAAGAAACUAGAGAAGGCACUGAGAAAAUCCCGAGUUGACAGUGCUUUUUUUUUGUGGCACACUCUUCCUCUGCCGUAUACUUGGCUGGCAUCGAUCAAUUACACAAACAAACAUUUAAAACGGCAUGCUGCUUACUAGAACGCAAAAUGUUUACAAUAGACACAUAUCAUAGUGGCUCUGAGGGCCUAAAUCGUAACAGGUCAGGGUUGAGAUAACAACAUAUUCUAUCUCAACUACCCACUUCUGCAGACUAUAGGCAGGUUAGUUGUAUUCAAUAUAUUUCUAUCUAUUCCAAAAAAUAAAAUCAUCCUCGUAGGUUAAAUAGUGGCAUGAUUACUGCAAAUGCUAACAACCCAUUCAGUGGAUAUCACAGUUUCAGAGCGAGAUAAAUUACAUGGCAUUCGCUCGCAAGUUACCAGAGGUUCAAACUUAUUAGCUUGAGCAAGGUCCAAGACUUUUCAUAAUCUAUCUGGGAUUUCUGGAUUUAAACUGGAUUUGGGGAGAAAUGGCACUGACCAGGUCAACCUCGCUAUUUUUGCCUUUGAAUUGUUGUGUGUGUAUAUAUAUACAGGUUUAAGUUAUUUGUCUUUUCUUUGUUUUGUACAUAGCGCACAGACAAGUUUGCUUGUUUAAACUGUUUAGAACUUAGGACGACCUCCGAUUGGAACCAACUAGAGGGUGCGUUGACUAGUGAUGACCAGUAGAGGGGGAUGUUCUAACCUCUAGUCACAUUUUCCAUUUAUCACCUUGACUUGACUAAGUGAAGAUGUGACUCCAGUGGGAGUUAGGAUUUGCCCCUCCAGCAAUAGCCUGAUCCGGCCAGAUCCAUUAGUGCUCCUGCCAACUACCGUCGCUCAUUGUCUUGCCAGACAAUUCUGAACCUGACCGUUAAGAGGCGUUGGCUGAAGCCCCAACACUUUGGAGAUCACGGUAAUAUUUAUUAGGCGCCAAACGAAGACAUGAAAUGGGGAGGGACUGCCUCCAUGAAGAAAUACCUGUUUCUGUUAUUUUUAUUUUCACGUAUCGAUGAGUAUGAGACCUGGCUAACUUGGCUCCUCUCCGUCCUGGGGAAUAUGCUGGAGAUACUGAAGCGGGGCGAACACGUUAACCGCACCCGUGUCGCCGUGUGUCACGGUUUGAUGCAAUCGCCCGGUGCAGCAAACGGCUGUUCAGCCCGUUCCUCGUGAGGUCAUGCGUCGUCAGUGAUUGGUGGGAAAUUGUCUCAGCCUGACUGACCGGUGCUGUCGAGAAGACUGUGCCGUAAUAUUGGCAUGGGUUUGAACACACACACACACGGGCAAAGCUGCCACAGCUAUAUGCUGCUAGCCUAGGUACCAGUCUGUUUGGUUCAUAUGCCACGCUUACAUGAGAAAUGUUGUGUUCAUGAGGGGAAGGAUGACACAACAGCGUUGCUCUCCCAACCUCUACGUGGACGCUCUGAUGCGUUCCACUACGGCCUCAUUAGACAGCUUUUUGGUGACCAGCGGAGCCUCUAUUCGGUUCUUUCCCUCGCUUUCCCUUGUGUGAGCAUGAUGUGUCCAAGCCUUUUGAUAAUCUUCUGUUAUUACUAGUACCGUUUAGGGGAACGACUCGGAUUGGCGAUCCAGGCGACAGCAGUCCUCUCACCUGUGUGUUCAUAAUGUUUAACCUUGUCUGGGCAGGCUCCGACCUCAAGUGAAGAUGUCCAGGGCGUUGUAGAUGAGCCCUUACUGUAACUAGAAACUAUUUAAAUCGUUGAGAACGACUUUGAUUGUGGGGGCGGGGGGCGGGGGGUUAACAGUGACUUGUGUUGGCACUCUUUUUUUGUUGCUUUCUUUUAUUUUCCCAAGAAUAGAUAGAAACCUGGCCCACAUAAUGUAUGUUACUGUAUGUUGUUUAGAAGGAGUGUGGUCCUUGCUAUUUUCAGCUUCUGACUGUGUGAGGCCGGGAAGGUACGGGAUAUUGAUUUUACUGGAGGCACAGAAAAGUGGAGAAGAGAUGAAACAAAGUGUGUGACAAAUGAAGACAAAAAAGGAUUGGGGAGAAGAAUGAGGAAGUAGGAGAGGGAAAUAUUAAGUGCUGAAAAGAA